UGAGUGGAGCUCGGGUACCGCACUUUUGAUUCACGCGAUAGGAAUGAAGAUGAUGUGGCGAUAAAGGUCGAUCUGAAGUAUGAGGAGAUAACCGAUGUGUACGCACAAACGAGAACACCGUAAACACUUUAAGCAGCUAGAACAGUUACCGGUGCACACGCUCGACGAAUAUAAUGAGUCUAAGACCAGGGCUGAAGCUGAGAGUGAAGCGGCGCUACAUUGUGGCUUUUCUUUCUCUCCUCACCGUGUCAGCAGUGAUGAUCAACACACGUUCACCCUCCCCCUCAGAGGAGAGGAGCGUUCCCCCUAAGGGGCCUCAGCAUAAGCAAGCCACUGGGCUAAAAGUGACGGAUUCCAUCCUACCUCUCCACCGGCUCCCUCCACAUGGCCGUAGCGGAGCCUGGAAGCUUUCGGAAAUGAAAGAUCCAGCCAAGCCCCUACCACUGGAGGGCCGCCACCACCAGCACAGAGGCAACAAGGUUCAAGAAAGGGUCCAACGAGCCAUCCAAAAGCACCUGAAAAACAAUGUGAAGAGGACGUUCACAAAACCGAAGCAAGGGGUUUAUCUAGGCAAAAACAAGCACUUGCCCCAGAUGUUCAAAGCCAGUGCUAAGGGAAGGCAGAACAACAAACAAGGCAAUGGCAAAGUCUUAAGUAAUGACAUUCAUCAUCUUCUCUCCAGUCAUGUGCAAACCGUACUGCAGUCUGCCAGCAUGCAGAGUCUCCAGCCAGACAUGAGACCAUGCAGGCACAAAUGCAGUCCAGAUGGGCCCAAGCCAGAGAGGCUGCUAGGGAAGGCUGGUGCACAGCAGCCUCUGGAGCUUAAGCAUGCCUCAGGAGAAACCAAUAUACAUGAAAGGAAAGCAGAACCCGCCAAGAAGGAGAGGCACCACUUCACAAGCAAAAAUAUCAACAUCGUGUCUGGGGCGGAGGCUGAUGGGAGGGACUUCAUGACUGGUUGGUGUGAAACACUACAUGAUAAGAAUUUCCGUGAGAACUGGAGGCAGACUAGGGCUGAAUCUCUGCCCUGGUUUAGUAGAGAUGAUGUGGAGAAGAUGGAUAUGCUUGCCACAGGCACUGUGCUGAGUAAAGCUAGACUUCCUGGCCAUGGGCAAGUGCUUCAAGUGGGACUUGGUAGUUGCAGUGACUGUGCUCUUCCACUAGGGGGGAACCAUAGCAGGCUCUGCGAGACUGGAAACUGUGCCCUGAUCAAACGCACCAGUGACUGGUUUGAAGUACUUGCAUUCCACCUGGACAGGGUUCUUGGUCUUAAUAGGAGUCUUCCAGCCGUUCUAAGGACCUUCCAUAGUGAUCUCCUCCCAUACAAGUAUACCAGUGGCUCUCUCAGACCUGUAGUGUGGUGGGACCCAGACAUUCAGCAUCUAGCUGAUGAUGAUAAUGACCAGAAAUCUUUCAGCCUCACAUGGCCUCAGUAUCAGACUCUACUAAAGACCAGGUGUGGGAUACAGAUGCCUCUGAACUCCUCUGCGUGUGUAGGGGUACACCAUUCGGAGUGGGGACGGCUAGCGCUGUUUGACUUUCUGCUACAGGUCCACGACAGACUUGACCGGUACUGCUGUGGGUUCCAUCCUGACCCUGCUGACCUGUGUGUGGAGAACCUUCUCAAUGUCCAAUGUUCAAACCCCCAGCAUUUAAUGUUGGUGCAUAUUUUGGUUCGCAGGGCUGAUCCCUCCAGACUGGUGUUUAUAGAUAAUGCAGGCAGACCUCGUCACCCACAGGACGACCUUAACUUCAGGCUGCUUGAAGGCAUUGAUGAGUUCCCGGCAAGGGCGUUGCAGGUGCUCCGCUCAGGCUGCCUGGAGCAGUUGCUCCUGCACUCCCUCUCUGCGGAUAAGGCACUGUGGGAAAGCAGAGGAGGUGCAGCAGGCCUCCGGACCACCAUCCACAACCUACAGCAUAGAGCCAACGCCCUGCUGCAGCACAUCCGUGGGAAGAGUGGAGAGCAGGAGUAGACAGAGGCCCAUAAAACUGUACUGCCAAAAAACAGAACUGCUUUAUUUAGACCAAAAGUAAAGUAGUUCACAUCUGCAAAUGGUGAUUCUUUGUAUAGCAUUCUGAGAAUGAGUUAUGGUAUCUGCAGCCUUUACUGUUGCAUCAUAUCCAUGAGAAUGCACCAAGUGCUACCUUUGAUUUGCCAAUUUAUGAGGAAAAACUAAUAGGGAGUCUAAUAGGGAGCUGUGCUAUAGAAAUGAGGUUUAUUGCUCAUAGCUGCCUACCGCCUUGUCCAGUGCCCUACAAAAAAAAAAAAGAAAAAGAAUGAAGAGAGGGAUCCCAGUAUGUUUCUUAACAAACCUUCUAGUUUUCUGCUGCUGAGUAUCCAAGAGCAGAGAGUGCAUGGGAAAGGUCAGCACAGAGCUGCAAGAGGCAGGGAUCGGUGUGCGGGGAUGAGAUGGGAAGGAGCCGGAGAUAUUUUCCUGGGAAGGUUGUACUGGGAAACUGUGGGGUGGUGCACAGGAGGAAAAGCACAGCUAAAGACAGAAGCUGUGUUGUGGCACCAUGCGCUCUCUUUCUCUCACACACACACACACACACGAAACAUUGGUUGUUUCUCUUCAUAUUCAACGUUUGAGAAAAGCUUUGAUAUAACUCUAAUUCAGCAAUGAUAUUGUCUUCAGGCAAAAUGCAGUGCAUAAUAAACAAUCUGUACUUUA